CUGAGCUCAGCUGAUAGCUCUCAGGAGGAAGUCCUCGUUCCCUCUUGCAGCUGCAACAGCCGACGACGCCUCCCGAGCGGGCGCUUCCGAAGCGAUGCCUUUGCUGAUUAAUGGGGAGCGGAUCGAUCUGUCGCAGCCCACGAGGGAGCUGAUCUAUACCUUCCCGGAGCUGGAGGAGCAAGCCAAAUGCUUAAGAAGCCAAGCUGCUCAGUCAGUGGGUCCCAAAGGACUUCUGUAUGUCCAGCAAAGAGAAUUUGCAGCCACCACUCCUAAAGAUGGUUCUGUAUCCAUACUUGGAUCUGACGAUGCAACGACCUGCCACUUAGUGGUACUCAGACACACAGGUAGCGGUGCUAUCUGUUUGACUCACUGUGAUGGAUCGGAUACAGAAACAGAAGUUUUGUUAAUCACAAAUGCCAUGAAAGUGCUUUCUCCAAACACAGAAUGUGGAAGGUUGGAAGUGCACCUGGUUGGAGGUUUCAAUGAUGACAGGCACUUGUCCCAGCAACUGACCAAUCAACUCCUUAGAGCAUUUGACCGCUUGCAGGACAGCAUCCAUUUGGUGACUUUUUGUGUGACAGAAUUAAAUGACCGACAGGAGAAAGGCGAACACUUUCCAUUUAUUUAUGGAAUUGGGCGGGGCUGGCCAAAGCAGAAAGAAGCAAUAUCGGAAAGAGAAUUUUAAAAAACUGUUUGGUGCACAGGUUCUUAUAUUCUCCUUCUUAACCUCAGAAACUGUCACAGCUACUGGUCUUUUAAAAAAGUCCCAAAAGGAGAAUUUUAAACAACACAUCAUCACCACCUCAUAAAACAGUAAAGCUCUCAAAACAUAUAUACAGUGUGACAAAUAGAUGCAAGUCUUGGUUGUAAGAAUGACACAACAGUGUAAUAAUACUGUUGUAAAUUAACAUGGUUUAAUGGUUCAAUUUGCAACAUAAUUUAGGAAACAUAUUGUCAGUAACUAUGGGAAACCUGAUUUACAUCAAUGAUUUAACUUGGCCUUUUCCCCUGCUGCCCUAAAUCAAUCUGUCCUGCUUGCUAGGACUUUUUGUGGGACAACAUUCAAACACGUAUCCCAUAUCUUUUAAAUAAAUGUUUUUAAAGAUGUUUUAAUAUAUGUUAAAGUCUGUUUUUAUGAUGCUUUAAAGUGUUUUUAGCUCUUCUGUUUGCUGCCCUGGGCUCCUACGGGGAGGAAGGGCAGGAUAAAUCAAAUAAUAAAUAAAUAAAUGUUCAUUACCGCUCAUUCUGCCAAGUACAUAGAUGAGCCAACAAUUAAGCAUAAUUGAAAUGUUUUCAAUCAAGGCCUAGCAACUACUCCUUAAUGUUUCAAGUCAUGACAGUAUGUACUUAGAUAAUCCCUCCCCCGCAUUACUUCUGCCCUUAUCUAUAGUCACAAUAAAUCUAGAGCGGUACUCUUAAUAAACCUUUUCCCUCAAUGAAGGCAUGUUACCUAUUUAGAAGUCUCUGGUCAUUAAACACUCUCCCCCAGGCUAAUACGCCAUAGUUGCCCUGAUACUGCAGAGGUGGAGGAAAGAAAGGUCAGGGGCCUGCAUGUGGCCGGGGGACCCAGACCCACUGGGUGUGUGCACCUCUUGCCUGCCAGAAAAACCUUGUGGCAAGGGGAAUGCCAACCUGGCCUCAUACAUGGGCCAGAGGAGGAGGAGCUGGAGGAAGCUCUCUCCUUCCUUCCCCCCUCCCUGUCAGAAAGAACACUCAGCUCCAACUGCCAGUUGCCUUGGCAUUGUGGAAGCAAAACGGGAGGGGGGGGGAGAGAGAAGCCUCACCCAUCAGCCAAAGGCACAGUAGCCCCCGACUGCUAUUCAAGCACAAAUGCCAGCGAGGGAAGAUCAGCCUAGCCCCAACUGGGUAUGAAAUGCCCUCUUAUAUACAGUGCCUUGCAAAAAUAAUCAGACCCCUGACCAAUGCUCUCAUAUUACUGAAUUACAAAUGGUACAUUGUAAUUUCGUUCUGUAUGAUAUUUUAUUUUGAAACACUGAAACUCAAAAUCCAUGGUUGUAAGGUGACAUUGGUUUUAUGGUGGGAAAUGUUUGUAAGAACCACGUUGCUUGUAUAAGUAUUCCACCCCUGGUCUAUGGGAGCUCCCAGUUUACACAGAUGAAAGAAACUGCCCUAUCGAGGACAGUUACCUUACCAUUGACCUCCACCUGUGAACCAUUAAAGUUGCUGUCACAUUGUCGGGAUAAAACCCCCACUAUUGAAGGAUCAUUGGUCAGGCUGUGGAUCUGAAGGAAAAUGAAGACCAAAGAGCAUUCUACAGAAGUGAGACAGAAUGUAAUACAAAUGCAUAGAUCAGGAAAAGGGUACAAAAUAAUAUCCAAGUAUUUGGAUAUUCCAGUGAGCACAGUUGGAUCAAUAAUUAAGAAGUGGAAGCUGAAUCACACCAUCCAUGCACUGCCAAGAAAAGGCCAUCCCUCAAAACCCAGUGCUUGAACAAAGAGACUUGUGAGAGAAGCCACAGAGAGGCCAACAAUCACUUUGAAGGAGCUACAGCGUUCAGUGGCCAGGAGUGGAGUAAUGGUGCACCAGUCAACCAUAUCAAGAGCUCUGCAUAACAUUGGCCUGUAUGGGAGAGUGGCAAGAAAGAAGCUGUUACUCAAAAAGUACCGCCUGAAAGCACAUCUGGAGUUUGCCAGAAAGCAUGAGAGUGCCCCAGAUGCAAUGUGGAAAAGGUUUUGGGGUCAGAUGAGACAAAGAUAGAGCUUUUUGGCCAACACUCAAAGCGCUAUGUGUGGCGUAAACCUAACACUGCUUAUGCCUCAAGACACACCAUCCUUAUAGUGAAGUGUGGUGGCAGCAUCAUGCUGUGGAGAUGCUUCUCAUCAGCAGGGACUAGGCAUCUUGUUAAAAUGGAAGGAAGAAUGGAUGGAGCAAAAUACAGGGAAAUACUGUGAGAACCUGCUUCAGUCCACUAAAAAACUGAAGCUUGGGAGGAAAUUCAUUUUUCAGCAGGACAAUGAUCCCAAGCACAAGGCCAAAGCAACAUUGGAGUGGCUCAAGAACAAAAAGGUGAAUGUCCUGCAGUGGCCCAGUCAAAGUCCUGAUCUCAAUUCUACUGAGAAUCUGGGGCGCUCUUUGAAAAAUUGCAGUCCACAAGCGACAUCCAACCAACCUGAAUGACCUGGAGUGAAUCUGCCAAGACGAAUGGGCUCUGACACUGUGUGCAAAGCUGGUACAUAUCUACCCCAAAAGACUUAAAGCUGUUAUUGCAGUAAAAGGUGACUCUACCAAAGAUGAAUGUGUGUAUCCGACCAUAUUUUCCAAGUAAAAAUGAUAGCUGAAACUUUUACAUUUUUUUUAAAAGUACUUGAUUUUUAUCCAUCUUCCGCCAACUGAGUGGCCCAAGUGCUGUCAGUUAAAAAAGAUCCCUCCACUGCAUUGCUACAGAAAUUAGAGAUGACUAUGACUGUAAUAUCUUACCUGACAACAACUUCAUUUGUAGAGCUCAGUUCCACCACCAACACAGAUGGUGAUGUUUCUGCUGGGAUAAUUAAAGGGGGCACGGUUAUGUUCUCCAAAUACUCCUCUUGGGACUCCUGCUUGAUCACAGUGGGCUGUUGCUCAGUUGGUUGUCUUAGUUCUUCAUGUAUCCGGAUUUUGCCAGUAACAUUCUGGUUCUCAUCAGUGUGCCGUUUUGACUUUGCAUAAAGGAUUGCCUUUUUUGGGUUAUCAGAUAUAUAAUCCACCGAACAUAUAUCCGAGAGACAGUCAAGACUGUUCAAAAUAUCCUUAGGUAAUGGUGCUUUGUACAUGUCUUCAUACACUUUUGGGAGAGUGUUAGCCCAAAGGCCAUUGGAAUAUUUUAACAAGAUGGUGGCAAUUUUCUGCUUGAAGUCCUCCUGGAGCGCAGCUGCUUUGGUUGCUUCUUUGACCUCUGCUUUAAUCUCUGCUUUGACCUCUGCAGUCUGUCUUACUAAUGGGGACUGAAGGCUUCCUCCUUGGCUUGGGACAUCCUUGUCAGCUCUACACUGCAUCAGCAGUGUCGGGGGGGGGGCUGGAAAUUCCUGGGUCUUUGGCAGGGAAGGGAAGUCCUUAGCCAGCAGUCGGGUUGUAAAUCUGCCAGGCCUAUCCGAAGCGUACUUGCCGAGUCAGAAGUCCAGAAGCGAGGUCAGUGGAGGUCCAGGAUCAAUUGCCAAGGAGGUCAGUCAAAGAGAUGCUGCAGGGAAACUAGGUCUACACAAAGCCACGUCUGACGUUGCAGUCAGCAACAAGCUGCAGCCAAGGUGUGCCUUAUAAAGAGCAGGAUGGACAGCAGGUGUGAGCCCUCAGCGUUUGGGCCUUAAGGAGACAGGCCUGCCUCUCUUCUGCCUGACCUUCUGCUGUCUCCGUUCUGCAGGUGAGGGGGGAGUAUCCUGUUCACUGUCUGUGUCUGGCUGCAGGGCCUCUGCUGUCCCUGGGGUGCUCUGCAGCUGAGGGGCAGAAGGAGCUGGAUUCUCAGGAGGCUCCUCCGUGUCUCCUGCUGCUCCUGGGUCUGCUGCUGUUACUCCCGAGUCGUCCUCAUCUGAGGAGUCCUCUGACGGGGCCAUGACACUCUGCCCUGAAUUCCUUCGAAAAUAGGGCGGGGUAUAAAUAUUUAAAAUAAAAUAAAUAAAUAAAAUGCCUGCGUCAGUCUUGAAACACUGAAUUGAAACGCAUCAAAAACAGCUAUUCCCCCCACCAAGAAAAAUGGAAAUUUAGGGGGAAACUGGUUUAAGCAAAUAAUGCACACCAAACUUAAACAUAAUUUAAGACCUUAAAAUAUAUUGUGUAUAAUUUAGCAUUUAUUAAGUUAUGAUCAAUGCUUCCAAUAGUUGCACAUAUCUCCAGUGCCUGAGGUGAACCAGAGAUGCUGCACCCUGAGAUAUCCAAGUAUCUUUCUUGUUCUCAAUUGGAAAAACAGAAACAAAACAUUUCAUCAAUACUGCUUCAAAACAAAGGAAUGUUUUAUUAUCUGGGUUUAGAAGUGGUAUGUAGUCUGCAGCAUCACUGCAGAGAUAAAAGAAAUGUGUGGUCAGAAAAGUUUCUAGAAAUAUCAUAUAAUGCAAUUACAGUAAGUUUGAUAUUGAUAGGUCAUUCAUUUACACACAACAAGACCACAGCCUAUGCCUACAUAAUUGGACCCAACUCCAGUGGAAGUCACUGUCUGGACACAUUUCUGUCUAACUUGAGGUCUGGUUUUGCACUAGAAACAGCCUUAGUCAUGGGGGAUCUUCGUCAGGAACUAGACAGGAAGAAUACAUCCUUGUCGGUUCUGCUCAGCAGGUUUCAAUGCCAUCCACCAUAGUAACCCUCUGGGCCACAGGGACUGUUUUGUGGUGGCUCCAGUCCUUCCUUAUGGGUAGGUCUCAGAAAGUGAUGAUGGGCAACUUGUACUUGACCCCUGGGUUUGGGUCUACAGGUUCAAGAGAUUUUGUCCCCUAUGUUUUUCAGCUUCACCACAAAACUACUGGAAAAGCUCAUCAAAGAUUGGGAGUAGGUUUUCAUCUGUUCUUCUCCUUGUCGUCAUAUUCUGGGGAAAAUGUGGGGGUUCGAAAUCCGUGUUUGGAGUCAGUGAUAGGCUGGAUGAGGGCAAACAAUCUAAAAUUAAAUUGAGACAAGACAGAUGUGCUGUUGUCCUAGAGGCCUACAGGUCAAGCGAUAGGAUGUCACUCCCUUUAAAAGACUAGGAGUAAUCUUCUUUGUUAUCUUUUCAGCGCCAGGUAAAGACCUACCUCUUUGCCCAGGCAUUUUAAAUUUAAUUUUCAUUUAUUUUAAUUUUAAUCUUUUGUCUUAAUUUUGUUUUUAAAAAUGUUUUCUAUUGUACUGUACUCAUACCCACAUGUAUUUUAAUCUGUUUUUACCCUGUUGCACACCGC